AUGGCUACAAAGAGGAAAAGAGUAAAGUACGAACCUUUUGAAUUUCGUUUUCGGAGGGGAAAAGAAAAGCAUUACAAUCAUGACGCCAGAGCCAACAUAGCAAAAGUUCUUUUCACUCAAAGCAAUAGCCACCAUGCUCUUAAUCACCCACCCAGUAGUAGUAGUGGGGAGAUAACAAAACGAAUCAAUGCUCGCAAUUCUGCAAAGAGACAUAGUUAUGAACACAUUUCGUACAAUUUGAACCACCAUAUGCAUUACAGGGUUCAGAUUGUUAAGUUUUCAUUGAAACAUGCACAAAUGUUCCUUUCCCACUCCAUCUGUCGUUACCAUUCGUGGAACUCUGGAAUUCUUGAACAUGCAUGA